AUGAAAACGGAUAUAAACGUGUUUUUCUCAACUUAUUCAGAGCUGGCAUGGCGACUGAUAUAUAAGGCCCAAAUACCGGAUCUUGCUGGAAUCGGACCACCUAUAGCUGAGCAGCGCAAUAGGUCCGCUUAUCAGCGCACUGCUUUGCUUUGGUCUAAUUGGACCGAGACGACUUCCUGUCCUUUAUCGACAUCUGAAAUCAUCUUCACUCUCUCCGAGCCUUCGACUAAUAGGGUCAAUUCCAUCGAGUCACUGCGAGUGCCAUUAAUGAGAAGACGCCAGCGAAGCUGUAUGCGUCAACCAGUUAAUCGCUUCUCUGAUGUAGAAGAUCUGGCGUGUGAAGAAGAUGGUGCAAGUGAAGUGAAGUCUGAGUGGAUGGCGCAUGGUCCUCGUGGAGCGAGUGGUCAAUCUGCUCGGGUGGCUGUCACCAACCAGGCACUGGGUCAAGCCCUGGACCCCAUUCGGCGCCCAUAUUCGGCUCUCGAAUUAGGACUCGAGUCUGCGACAAUCCAAGACCUCAGUUUGGGGGGCGUAACUGCUUUGGCCCAUCUAAAGAAACACUAG